CGGCGGAGCGGAGAGAAUUGGCGCGGGGCGCGACCCGUAGCGGGCGGCGGCGCAGGCGCGGUGGCCGGUAGCGCUGUGAGUCCCACCGGGAGGCGGCGGCACCAUGAAGUCCCGCUUCAGCACCAUCGACAUCCGAGCGGUGCUGGCCGAGCUCCGGCACAGCUUAUUGGGAAUGAGAGUCAACAAUGUUUAUGAUGUGGAUAACAAGACAUAUCUUAUCCGCCUUCAAAAACCGGACUGCAAGGCCACGCUGCUGCUCGAAUCCGGUAUCCGCAUCCACACGACCGAGUUUGAGUGGCCGAAAAACAUGAUGCCAUCUAGCUUUGCAAUGAAGUGCCGUAAGCAUUUAAAGACCAGAAGACUUGUCAGUGUGAAGCAGCUGGGCAUAGACCGGAUUGUGGAUUUCCAGUUUGGAAGCGAUGAAGCUGCUUAUCACCUCAUCGUUGAGCUGUACGACAGGGGAAACAUUGUCCUCACAGACCACGAAUACAUCAUUUUAAACAUUCUGAGGUUUCGCACGGACGAAGCGGACGAUGUGAGAUUUGCAGUUCGGGAACGAUACCCUGUCGACAAUGCAAAAGCAGCUGCACCUCUGCCAACCUUGGAAAGGUUAACUGAAAUAAUAUCAAAUGCACCCAAAGGGGAACAACUGAAGAGGGUUCUUAACCCACAUCUUCCUUAUGGAGCCACCCUCAUUGAGCAUUGCCUUAUAGAAGUCGGAUUCUCUGGUUAUGUCAAAAUAGAUCAGCAUAUGGAAAGUAAAGAAAAUGUUGAAAAAGUGCUCACUGCUUUAGAGAAAGCAGAAGAAUACAUGACACUGACCGACGACUUCAGCGGGCAGGGUUAUAUUAUCCAGAAAAGGGAGAAAAAGCCAAGCCUGGAACCAGACAAACCAGCAGAAGAUAUCUACACAUAUGAGGAAUUUCAUCCUUUCUUGUUUUCUCAACAUUCAAAAUGUCCGUACUUGGAAUUUGACUCAUUCAAUAAGGCAGCAGACGAGUUCUACUCCAAGCUAGAGGGACAGAAAAUAGAUCUGAAAGCGUUGCAGCAGGAAAAACAAGCAUUGAAGAAACUUGAAAACGUCCGUAGGGAUCACGAGCACAGACUAGAAGCUCUUCAGCAAGCUCAGGAAGCUGAUAAGAUAAAAGGAGAACUUAUAGAAAUGAACCUGGAGAUCGUUGACCGAGCCAUCCAGGUGGUCCGGAGCGCAUUAGCCAACCAGAUAGACUGGACUGAGAUCGGGGCGAUUGUUAAAGAAGCUCAAGCCCAGGGAGACCCCGUUGCGAGUGCAAUCAAAGAGUUAAAGCUUCAGACGAAUCAUAUCACGAUGCUGCUGAGGAACCCAUAUGUGUUAUCUGAAGAGGAAGAGGAGGAGGAGGAGGCUGAUGUAGAGAAGGAAGAAACGGAAGAACCAAAGGGGAAAAAGAAGAAGAAUAAAAACAAGCAGUUGAAGAAACCUCAGAAAAACAAACCAUCUUUAGUUGAUGUUGAUCUCGGUUUGUCUGCCUAUGCCAACGCCAAAAAGUACUACGAUCACAAGAGACAUGCAGCUAAGAAAACGCAGAAGACAGUAGAAGCUGCAGAAAAGGCAUUUAAAUCGGCUGAGAAGAAGACGAAGCAGACGCUGCGGGAAGUUCAGACAGUUACCACCAUUCAGAAAGCGAGGAAAGUCUAUUGGUUUGAGAAGUUCCUGUGGUUCAUUAGUUCUGAGAAUUACCUUGUUAUUGCUGGAAGAGAUCAACAGCAGAAUGAACUGAUCGUAAAGCGCUAUCUUAAACCAGGGGACAUAUAUGUGCACGCCGAUCUCCACGGAGCCACGAGCUGCGUGAUCAAGAACCCAUCAGGUGAACCGAUCCCUCCACGAACGCUGACGGAGGCUGGCACAAUGGCCUUGUGUUACAGCGCGGCCUGGGACGCCCGCGUUGUCACCAGCGCUUGGUGGGUCUCCCACAACCAGGUUUCUAAAACGGCCCCUACAGGAGAAUACCUCACUACGGGAAGCUUCAUGAUCCGAGGGAAGAAGAAUUUUCUUCCACCUUCGUAUCUGAUGAUGGGCUUCAGCUUCUUGUUCAAGGUGGAUGAGAGCUGCGUGUGGAGACAUCGAGAAGAAAGGAAGAUCAAAGUGCAGGACGAGGAUCUGGAAACGGUUUCCAGCAGCGCCAGUGAGCUGGUGUCGGAGGAGGUGGAGCUGUUAGAAGGAGGAGGCAGCAGCAGCGAGGAGGAAAAAAACGAGUGUCAGGAAGCACCAGAACGGGUGGAAACCAUGUCUGAGAGUAACCGUGACGAGGGCGCUGCUGACCCUGACCAGGGCAGAGCAGACGAGCCUGUGCCGGAGGGCGACUCCGAAGAGGAUGAUGGAGAAUCUGAAGAUGAAGCGGAACAUCCAGAGUCGAAAAACGAAGUGAAGGAGGAAGAGAUAAAAUACCCAGAUACAACAAUCGACCUGUCGCAUCUUCAGUCUCAAAGAUCCCUGCAGAAAAUCAUCCCCAAAGAGGAAGAGCCCAGCUUGAGCGACAGCAAAUCCCAGGGCCGGAGGCACCUGUCUGCCAAGGAGCGGAGAGAAAUGAAGAAAAAGAAGCAGCAAAACGACUCGGAGAACGUGGAGCCGCUUGAAGAGAAGCAGAAGGAGACGGAGACGCAGCCUCCCCCUGCUCCCAACGCCAACAAGGCUGCGCCGGCCCCUCCGCCCGUCAAGCGGGGCCAAAAGAGUAAAAUGAAGAAGAUGAAGGAGAAGUACAAGGACCAGGACGAGGAGGACCGGGAGCUCAUCAUGAAGCUGCUGGGGUCUGCAGGGUCAACCAAGGACGAGAAAGGGAAAAAGGGGAAAAAGGGGAAGACGAAAGAAGAGCCGGCGAAGAAGCAGCAGCAGAAACCCAAGGCCGUGCGCCGCGGUGCUGCGGGGGGCAAGGAGGCGCUGCCCGCGGGAGUGCUGCUGCACGACUCGCAGGAGCCGGCGCCGGAGGAGCCGCAGGACGAGAAGGAGGAGCAGGACCAGGAUCAGCCGGGAGUUGAGGACAGCGAGGCGCUGCUGGGCUCCCUGACCGGGCAGCCGCACCCCGAGGACGUUCUGCUCUUCGCCGUUCCCAUCUGCGCUCCCUACACCGCCAUGAACAACUACAAGUAUAAAGUCAAGCUCACUCCAGGCACCCAAAAGAAGGGCAAAGCUGCAAAGAUCGCCUUGCAUAAUUUUAUGCAAUCCAAAGAAGCUACUGCAAGAGAAAAAGACCUGUUCCGCAGUGUGAAGGACACCGAUUUGUCAAGAAAUAUUCCCGGUAAAGUCAAAGUGUCUGCGCCUCAUCUCCUCAACAGGAAAAAGAAGUGAGCGGGUGUUUGCGUUUCUCAGCCCCGGGAUUGCGCGCAGUCGGAAUCCAGCACCUGCAGCUGGGACGGACGGACGGACGGACGGACCCGCGCUGUUAAUCUGACCGACCGGAGCUGCCGUGGCGGCCGGCAGGCCAGGACCGCUUCCUGCGUCGCGGUUUAGACGGACUCGUAGCAACUCCCCGCAAAUGGCAUCAAACCACGCGCGUAGCCCGCUGGCCCGUCCCGGCGCGCUGUCCCGGCGCGCUGUCCGUUCGGUGCCGGGGCCGAGCGCUCCCUCCCCAGCAAAACUCGCGUCGUUUCGUCCCAAUACUUGUACCUUUCUUCAGCCGGGGCCUGGAGGGUGUGGUGGGAGAGUUUCGGUGCAAAAUGCUGUAUUUGAGUAAACGCAGAGUUCUAUUUUCCCCAGCA